ACACUCUUAUUUGUUGUUUUGAACUUAUUUUCAAUUCAAUUCAGUUUCCACCCGUUUAGUUUUUUUUUUUUUAUUUUAUUUUUUGUCCCGUGUUAGUUUUUCUACUUUCAGUUGACUUAAGUUUAAUUUGGUUUAUCUCCUUACCAAAGAAUGGGCAUUAAUAGUCUUAAUUCAAUUUCUAUUUCUCUUUCUAUUACUAGAACUGUAAAAGGUGUCCCAUCUUUCCCGUGUUAGCUUAUCUCUUACAUUGUGCAGUUCCAUGGAAACUCAAUAAAACCAAAAAAAAUGCUCCAUUCAACUUCAAUGGCGGCAACGGCUAUUAUCCAGUUAACUCGGAUUACGCGCCAAAUUCCCGUUGCAUCCUCCAUUUUCACCCCAAUUUCAUCUCCUUUACUCCUAAACUCUUGCCGUAUCUCUUUCCGCUCUAAGCGACCUCGCUGUCGUCGCCUUUCCACUAGGAAUUUCACUGCAUCUGCGUCUAGUUAUGGCGCUGAUGAAAUGUACGACGUGAUUGUGGUUGGAGGUGGACAUGCUGGAUGUGAAGCUGCUCUUGCCUCUGCUCGUUUAGGGGCAAAAACUCUUCUUCUCACACUUAACAUUGACAGAAUCGCGUGGCAGCCUUGCAAUCCGGCUGUUGGUGGACCUGCAAAAUCACAACUUGUACAUGAAGUGGAUGCUCUUGGCGGUGAGAUAGGGAAAAUCGCUGAUAGGUGCUAUAUUCAAAAGCGUGUUCUUAACACAUCCAGAGGCCCAGCUGUUCGAGCACUGCGUGCACAAACCGAUAAGAGGGAGUAUGCUAUGCAGAUGAGGAGUGUUGUUGAAAACACAAAUAACCUUUCUAUAAGAGAGGCUACGAUGACAGAUAUCAUUGUCGGGAAAAAUGAUAAUAUUGAAGGUGUUCGGACUUUCUUUGGAAUGGAUUUUUACGCACCUUCUGUUGUUCUUACAACUGGGACAUUCAUGAGUGGCAAAAUCUGGGUUGGCAGAACCUCUAUGGAUGCUGGAAGAGCUGGAGAGUCCGCAUCCCAUGGAAUCACUGAAAAUCUUCAAUGUCUAGGAUUUGAAACUGAUAGGUUAAAAACAGGGACUCCUGCGCGAGUGGACAUUCGUAGUGUAGAUUUUUCCAAAUUGGAACCUCAACAUGGAGAUGAAGAGGUUGGCUGGUUUACCUUUGACCCUGAGCUUCACAUUGAAAGGGAACAGAUGUGCUGUUAUCUGACACGUACAACAAAGAGCACGCACACGCUGAUUAAGGAAAACUUGCAUGAAACUCCAACAUAUGGUGGGUGGGUUGAAGCUAAAGGACCUAGAUAUUGCCCUUCCAUUGAGGAUAAGAUUGUCAGAUUCCAAGAUAAGGAAUCCCAUCAGAUUUUUCUCGAACCAGAGGGCCGAACUGUGCCUGAGCUUUAUGUACAGGGAUUCUCAACUGGUUUACCUGAGAGACUGCAGCUACCACUGCUGCGAACAUUACCUGGUCUUGAAAACUGUACCAUGUUGAGGCCAGCUUAUGCUGUCGAAUAUGACUACUUACCUGCUCAUCAAUGCUCUAGAUCUCUGAUGACCAAGAAGAUUCAAGGUCUUUUCUUCUCUGGUCAGAUAAACGGAACAACUGGCUAUGAGGAAGCUGCUGCUCAGGGCAUCAUUUCUGGAGUUAAUGCUGCAAGGAAUGCUGAUGGUAAAUCUCUUAUUGUUCUUGAGAGAGAAAGCAGCUAUAUUGGCACUUUGAUUGAUGACUUGGUUACCAAAGAUCUCCGAGAACCUUAUCGAAUGCUAACAAGUCGUUCAGAACACCGGUUGCUUCUUCGUGCUGAUAACGCUGAUAGUCGUCUGACGCCUCUGGGCUAUGAACUUGGUUUGAUUGAUGAUAGACGUUGGAAACUCUACCAAGAUAAGCAAUCACGAAUAUCAGAGGAGAAGACUCGGCUGAAAAAUGUCAGGAUAUCAGUACUUGUAGGUGGUGAUCUGGCUGCUGAUGUUUCCCUAUUGUCUGGUCAACCAGUGAAGGAUUCAUCAACGUUGGAGAGUCUUCUUAAAAAACCACAUGUAGAGUAUAAAGUUCUGGACAAGCAUGGUUUUGGAAAUCAGUGCUUAUCCAAAAUGGAGAAAGAAUGUUUAGAAAUUGAUAUCAAAUAUGAGGGCUUCAUUAUCAGACAACAACGGCAGCUGCAACAGAUGGUUCAUCAACAACACAGACCACUCCCAGAGAAUCUAGAUUAUAACUCAAUGACUACUUUGUCUAGGGAGGCACGGGAGAAACUCUCCAAGGUAAGGCCACAGACCAUUGGCCAAGCAAGCAGAGUUGGCGGGGUAAGCCCGGCUGAUAUCACUGCUCUCCUGAUCCUCCUGGAAACUAACCGAAGGCAAGUCCAAGAACAAAAAAGGCGCCAAUUGAUGUCUUCUGUUUUGGUCGAGUCAGAGAAGGAAGUUUCUGAGUCUUCAGUGGCAGAGGCAAUCAGCACUUAGUAUGUGUACUGAUAUGUCGGAAAUGUGACUAGAAACUUAUAUCAUGUGCGUAGAAGCCCAAUGCCACACCGUUUCAGUAUACUGUGGGUCACAUGAUAAACUAUUCUGAUUCCCGCGUGUUGGACUGUUGGAGAUCUGUGCCUCAUCAUGUAUGGUUUCUACUUUCGGGGUCUUCAUUUUUCAAAGCAACCGGCUCUGAUCAGAGUAUGAUCAGAGUAUUUUAGCACCAUCGGAAAGACAUGAGAAGUUAAAGCUCAAAAAAAAGGUGAUGUAUCUGAACUCGAAAUCCAGAAUUAGUUAUGCAGUUGCCAUUUUUGUGAAUCAACUCAGUUUUGAUCCUAGCAUGACAUGUCAUUAUAAAGCUUAAGGAAUUACCGAGAUAAAUUAGCAUAUUAUUUUUUCCUUACAUGGUUGUAAAUAUGAAAUAUUCCUUCAGUACUAUUAAUUUUCUGAAGUGUUAAAAGGCUCCUCUUUUCUAUUGUUCA